UUGAACAACGGCUGGGUAGGACCGGACGGUAAACCAGUAAUUCCACCUAGUAUGAUAAAACCCCUUAUCACUCAAGCACACACCCCCUCACAUGUUGGAAUCAAACAAACCAUUUCCAAUCUUAACCAGUGGUGGCACCCAUUCCUGGCUGCUACAGUUAAAGAAUUUAUCGCUAACUGCAGGGUGUGCUCCAUACACAAUGUACGUGCUGGAGUGAAAUGUGCCGCAGGUGUCUUCCCGCCACGGGGACCUGGUGAGGAAGUGGUUAUCGAUUACACAGACAUGGGGGAGAGAGUGGAAGGUAAACGUUAUCUUUUGGUUUUCGUGGAUGCGUUUUCAGGCUGGCCAGAGGCGUGGCCAACGGGGAAGGAAGAUUCGAUUUCGGUGAUUAAGUGUUUGAUUAACCAAUACAUUCCGCGUCACGGUUUUCCGAGAAUCAUUCGCUCAGACAACGGUACACAUUUUAAGAAUGCGGAUUUGCAGAAGGUUGAGAGUGCACUGGGAUUGCGUUUCCGUUUCGGUACCGUAUACCAUCCUCAGUCACAGGGUAAGGUCGAACGCAUGAAUCUCACGCUAAAAACAAAAAUUGCAAAAAUCUGUACACAAAUGAAAGUGAACUGGGUCACGGCGUUGCCCUUGGCACUGUUGUCUGUACGGUCGUCCAUUAACCGCAUGACGUCAUUUACACCGUUCGAACUUUUGACAGGUCGCUCAUUUCCUGGUCCGUUCAACCCAGUGCACCCUGAACCGAUUGAUGAUCUUGAUCACAGAACGUACUUUACCAAGCUGAAUGUUCUUGUCUCAAGCUUUUCCAAACAGAAAACCAUCUCCCCGGCCCAUCCAGACGCAGAAAUCACUCCAUCGGCAGAGUGGGUGCUUCUCAGGGUGUUUAAGCGGAAGUGGAACGAACCUCGUUGGACUGGGCCAUACAGAGUGACUGAGCGCACAACACAUAGUGUCAGAGUAGCUGGUAAAGGUGACACUUGGUUCCAUUGGUCUUGUUGUUCCCCUACCAACCAACCAGAAAGAUCGUUGGAUACGGUAAGAUUGGACCUGCAGGAACUGCAGGACCAAAAGGGGGAAUCCAACACAGGGGAACAACAACAGGUUGACAUUUCACAACAGCAGGUUGACAUUUCCCAAAAGAACACAAAACUAACACUCAAAGAACUAAAGGGGGACUUAUUCAACAGUCCAGAACAUGAAGCAUUAGCUCACUGCAUUAGCAAAGAUUGUGCAUUUGGGAAAGGAAUAGCAUUGGAAUUCAGAAAAAGAUAUGGAAUAGACAAAGUAGUUAGACAACAGAAAGUGGUGGGACAGUGUGCGGUAACACAGGAAGGGCAAAGAACAAUCUUUCACCUGAUAACAAAAGAGAAAGCCAAAGAUUUGCCAACAUACGACACAUUGAGACAGGCAAUAAAGGAACUCAAAAAACACUGUGAAGAACAAAGAGUAAAAAAGUUGGCUAUACCCAGGAUUGGGUGUGGGUUGGACAGACUAGAGUGGGAAAAAGUAAGGGAUGUAAUCAAAGAAGAGUUCCAAAACACAGACAUAAUCAUUACUGUGUAUGUAAGGGAAUAAUAAGUGGAAAAAGAGGAGAUUGUGAUUUUCAAAUAUUUUACAGUUGGACAUUUUGAAAGUUUUAAAUAUUUUUACAUUUUACCAGUUUAUGAUUUUCAUUUCACCAGUUUAUGAUUUUUCAAAUAUUUUAAAUUUUGAUAUUCUGAUAUUUUUACUUAUUUUACAUUUCUAUAUUUUGAAAGUUUUAAAUAUUUUACAUUUUACCAUUUUAUGAUUUUCAGAUAUCGUAAUUUUUGAUACCAUUUUAUGAUUUUCAGAUAUCGUAAAUUUUUA